AUGUGGAUUCGACCCUAUCUAAGUAGGCGUGACACUUUGGAUUCCGUAGACAAGGAAUUAAUGCUGGAUAAAUACUUAUUUAAAAAUUUUACAAAAAUGUCUAAGAGCUACUUCGAAUUUCUUGUGAACAGAAUUGGACCAAACAUACAAAGGCAAGAUACAAACAUGAGGAAUGCAAUACCUGUGACUACAAGAUUAGCAAUAACUCUACGGUAUUUAGCGACUGGAGAUUCUUUCAAGAGUUUAAUGUACCUUUUCAGAAUGACAGCUUAUUCAAUUUCAACUAUUGUCCCAGAGGUUUGUGAAGCCUUAAUAGAAGGCUUAAAGGAAUACAUAAAGAUGCCAUCACAAGCGACUGAAUGGAAACGAGUCGCAAAGAAUUUUGAAGACCGUUGGAAUUUUCCUCACUGUUUGGGUGCAAUGGAUGGCAAGCACAUUAGAACUAUUUGUCCACCCAACAGUGGUACUCAAUAUUUUAAUUAUAAGCAGUUUUUUAGCGUAGUGCUAUUCGCGGUAACAGACGCAAGGUACAAUUUUUUGUAUGUACAUGCUGAAGUUCAGGGAAGAAUAUCCGAUGUGGGAGUUUUUAGUCAUACGGCUUUUGGGCAAGCACUCCUGAACCAAAAUCGUGACAUACCACAUUGUGAACCCCUUCCGGGUCGAGAAGUAUCUACACCAUAUGUUUUCUUGGCAGAUGAUGCAUUUCCCUUAACCGAAAAUAUUUGCAAGCCCUAUACUGUAGAUUUGAACAUAGGAUCUCCUAAGCGAGUAUGUAACUACAGAAUAUCUAGAGCACGCCGAAUUGUGGAAAACUCAUUUGGAAUUUUGGCAUCCAUUUUUCGUAUACUACAUACUACUAUCAAUGUUGAGAUGAAAGAUGUACAAAAUAUAGUUAUGGCUUGUGCAUAUUUACAUAACUUUUUGCGACGAAAUACAAGAGCACAAGCUUUAUAUUCACCACCUGGGACCUUUGACAGGGAAGAUAUUGACCUUGGAACGGUGAUCCCAGGAUCAUGGCAAGCUGAUGGAGAGCGUUUAACAGAUUUAAGAGUAUUGGGAAGGAACUCAACAAUGAGAGCAAAAGCGAUUAGAGAUGAAUUUAUGCAUUAUUUUAUGACAGAGCGGGGACGAGUGGCAUGGCAGGACUAA